AUGCCAACCGGGGAGAUGGCUCGGCAGCCAGUCCACAGGCGAUCGCGAACCGGCUGCUACACAUGUAGAUUUCGCAAAGUCCGGUGCCAGGUAGUCAGGCAAUCAUCUGUGGGGAACGAUGACGAAGAACCGGGCGACUGCGCCAACUGUCAGAGGCUUGGGUUCCAGUGUCGAUGGAGACCUCCUCCGCCGGGGGAACAGUAUGAUCCGCCACCCAAACGUCGACGAACCACCGGACGCAGAGUUCGUGACGACGGUAAUGAUGCAGGAGCAAGCACAUCUACAUCUGCCCCAGGUAACGAGGCACUCGCUAGUCAAGAGGAAGAUGCGGACCGGCCUGCGGAAGUCGCCGAGAGUUCCAAGGCUCUGCCGUCGCAGCAACCAGCUGAGGAAAAUCAAAGCAUGAGGGCUGAGGAAAAUUUCUUUGGUCCUGACUUCAGCCUCGACUCUGGGUUUCUAGACUUGAACCUGGCAGGGGAAGGACUUGACUUCAUCCCCUUGCCUGCUGUGGAUUCGUCUCUCUUCGCCGAGUCCAUCUACGAUGAAGCAUCCAUGCAAUGGCCUUCACCAUUUGAUGUCUCCGAAAUGGCACAGCAGUUGGAGGACAGUCUCAAUACUGCCACGCUCAGAGAUCAAGACGAUUUAUCUACCUCUGUCACAGAUCAGAACCGCCAUUUGAUCCAGCAUUAUCUUGAAGUCAUCAAAGGAUACUCGAAAGUAGAUGAGCGAUCAAAGGAGACCAACAACCUCUUCAUCUCCGCAUUUUCUCGCUCCCUCUCAUUCCCACCACUUUUCUAUGCCAUACUUGCGUUCUCAGCAUCUCAUAUGUCGAUGGAGGAUGAUUCCCACCGAGAGCAGGCCGCUAGAUUCGACCGCUUAGCUGCAGAGUCCUUCCGGCAGUUUAAAUCAACGCAUGAAACAGAGGUGGACAGUUUGCUUUCCGCCCUUUUUGUGCGCAUCAAGAUGAUCCACGUCAUGGGCGGUAGCGUCGAAGCUUUUCUAAAGAUAAUUGAUGAAGCAGUCGAUAUCCUCACAACUACACAUGGUCUACGGGCUUUGGAGGACACUUCUACUUUAGCUUGGCGCAUCAUCGUACGUAUCGCGAUUCUCGAUGCCCGCGCUUCUUGCUAUCGAUUAGGCGGUGGUGCAUUGAUCAAAGCACUGAGGAAAACUACCUCCUUUUCAUUUCUCUUCAGUUCUGAUUCAGCUGAUGCCACCUCGCUCGGCGCGGUGGUGGAUUUGCUGCGGGCAGACAUCUUUCGGAUGAGAGUCGCUGAAAUCGACGUGCAACUCCACCAACAAAUACAAAGCGAGUUCAUAAGAUCCGCCCCUAUACGCACUGAAGUUGUGCGGAAUCUAUAUUCGGAUAUUCAGAACGAGAUUCAGCGAUGGGAGCGCCAUAUUCGUGACACGAGCCGAAGUCGGGGGCUUGGUGAUGUGAAUAUAGCCAACGACAAUGCUCUUGAUUCGACAACCUACGGAUCUUAUGCAGUUUUCACCGCUCUUCAUUCCUCGCUAUUAUAUCUCCAUCAUAUCUUUCCCUUGUCGAUGUGUCAUCAAGAUGCUUCAAUCUCAGCAAUACUGCGUUAUCAGCUUAAGGUCGAUCAAGAUGGUUCCCGCGCCGGAUCACCAUCUUCAAUUUUGCCCUCGUCUUUAUUCGUGGCCGGGCUACUCACCACAGAUCCAAUUCACCGUGAUUGGGUCAUCAAAAUACUCAAAAAGGGUGAGAAAUGGGGGCUGUAUAUUCAGAAAGCGCGCAAGCUCCUCGAAGCAAUAGCAAGGAUGCAAUCAGAAGGCACCUUUGUGAGCGUUUACGACGCCAUGUCUCAGGUCACUGGGCGAUUUAUUAUUUAA